AUGGACGCUCUCCCGAAGUCUGGGAAAAAAGCUUGGAUUCAAACUAAAAAGAAAGAUGAACUUAUUAUUUUAGCAAAUUCAGUUGUGAAGGACGAAGAUAUUAAAUUUUCCAACGAAAAUUCGGUUGAAGAGAUUCGACGAUUCCUUCGGGAUUAUAUUGAAGAACAGGAGGAAUAUAGAGAAUGCACGGCGGAAAAGCUCGCAUAUAAGAUGAACUCUAUUUCAAAUUUGGAAGUUUUUACCGGAGGAAACUGGAGGGCUUACAAACAGCAGCUGGUAUGUUUUUUCUUGCUAAAUGACAUAGAUGUCAAUAAAAAGGUGCCACUACUUAUUACAAAACUUGGAGCGAGUGUCUACGAGCUCCUUACGACCAUAUGCACUCCAGACUCACCAGUAAAUUUAACAUACGACCAAAUUUGUGACAAAUUAGAAAAGCAUUAUCAUCCCGUUAGAAAUUACGCACUAGAACAGGCUGAAUUCCGAAAGAGAAACCAACAAAAAGAUGAAAAUUUGGACAAAUAUAUACUCGAACUAAAGAAAUUAUCAAAAAACUGUAAUUUCAAUAACAUUAACGAUGAGAUCAAAGAGCGACUAUUUAAUGGCACUUUCUAUGAAGCAGUGAAGUUUGAAGUGCUUAAACAGGCAGACCUGCCAAUGGAAAAACUAGUAGAAAUAGGAAAGACUGUCGAGGCCGCAUAUAACUUAACAUACAAGAAUGAGGAAAAAGAGACUAAACCGCAAAUGUUCAAGUUAGAAAGGAACAGAGGCUAUGGUUCUAGACAUGAGACUACAAAAUCUAAACCAGAGGCAGGAGGAAGUACUGGAAUUUGUUUUUGCUGUGGAAAAGAGGGCCACAUGAGAGCUGAAUGUACCUUGCGCAUGAAGUUCUGUAGUGAAUGUGGUACAAAGGGUCACAUUUACAAAAUGUGUACCCAAAAUAAAGAUAAUUGGAGGGUGAAGACCUUAAAUGUGGUCGAUAAAGAGACAUACAAAUUAAUUGGAAAUGAGGAAAAAAGUAAAAGAUAUGAUACACCAGGACCGGUAUCUUAUGAUAUGUUUCAUUGUAGUGAAAAAGACAGGAUUCCAUCGCAAAAGUUAAGUGUUCAUGUAAAUGGCAAAUUGCUGGAGUUUGAAGUAGACACCGGAGCAGAUGUAAGUACGAUUACGUGUUCUGAUAAGAAGUAA